AUGCUCUUCGCGUCCCGGGCGGCGCUCGGGCCGCCGAAGUCUCCGAGGAAUGUGUUCUUCCCAUGGUUCAAUUUCGUCAUGUUCAAGUCCGGGACGUACCUGGAGCCGAACCGCCUCGCCUUCCGGGUCCCGGUGCACCUGACGAAACCAGAGAUCCGAAACUACCUGCGGGAGAUCUACAAAGCCAAGGUGAUCAAGGUGAACACCUAUAUCAGGCUGCCUAAGAUACGGCGGAACUCGCAAGGUGAUUAUUUCAAGAACGGCCCGCAGUUCAAGAAGGCCAUCGUCACCUGCGAGGAGACGAUCCCUGACGAUGUCAAGAUGAUAUACAACUCCAGGAACCCAGGGCUCCAGCCUGCUAUCACCAAGUACGACACGCCCACCAGACGGCAGUGGAAGCCAUUCAGGCCUGGCGUGAACCGGAAGACCGACUGGGCUCCUCGACAUCCGCUCGCGUGGGCAGAGCCGAUCCCGACCCUGCUUCGUGGCGACGAUUUCUUGCCGCCACUGCGCGGGACCAGUGUGUUGCCGGACCACACCAAGCCGUUCCAUCACUAUGGCAGGGAGAAAGCGAUACCGCAGGGCACUCCCGAGCAGGAAUUCCCGCGGAUAGACUUGGCUCUGAUGCGGACCCUGAAGGAGGAGUGGGACGGUCGCACUUCCGCCGGGUAUAACCCCAAAAGAACCCUCAUAGAGCUCCCGAAGCAGGACACAGGCGUUGAGUGA